CAAGCUGAACCAUGUUUACUCAGCUUUCACACACACUCCAGUACAUCCAAAUGGAGGAAUCGGAGAGGGACUGCUUUCUGCUAUUAUAACACCUCUCUUACAACUAUGUCUCCAUUUCACCUUUUCUGCCAUGGGCAAGCUAAUUGUGUUCUUGUUUUUGCUGACAUUGUUUAUAUUCAGUAAGGCAGGCACAGCUGUCUUUAAAGGCCCGGCCCAUGCCAGCCUCACCCUUAGUGAUGGAUCUCAGAACCAACUGGCAUACCAUCACAACCAUCAGCACCAUCAUGAUGAAGGGCUCUCUGACCAAAAAGAGUCAACAUUCACCCUCAGGAUCCAGGUGAAAGAUGUUGUGAGCCAACAGCCUGUGAGCCACGCAUCCCUGGAAGUGUUUGCGAACUACACACUUGUCAACUCCACAACAACCGGCAGAGAUGGUGUUACUGUACUCAGGGUUCCGUACACACACAGCUGGCCUCUCACGCUGGUGGCCAGAAAAGAUGGUUAUAUCCAAACACCACUGCUAUGGAAAACCAAGAAAAUGCCAAUUUUCUCAUCCGUGACACUGCCACUUUUCUACCAAAACCAAGGAAACAUAUGGCUGUUUGAAGAUUUGGUCAUCAUAACAGGCAAACUGUCUGAUAAUGUGCCUCCUGCAAAUGUGCAGUUCUCAAAGAAGCUGCUCUCACUACCAGACAGCAACAUCUCUUCGUUAACAGCCUACCUGACUGUCCCUCAACUUCCUGUAGAGAAACAUUUCUUUCCAAACACCACAGGCAUUAUGAGGAGCAAGUCAGGAUACAGGAGUUUUGAGUUAAACCCAAUUGCAGCAGUUAGUGUCCAGCUCUUGUAUAAUGGAACAGAGGUACAGAUUUCAGGCCCAGUCCAGGUCACACUGCCUCUUACUGAGAGCAGCCAAUCACAGCUCUCCUAUACUGUCCCAGCCUGGUCAUUUGACAGAAAGACUGGUGCCUGGGUGAAUGAUGGUCUAGGAACAGUUAAAAUAGAAAACAGACAUUUGGUUUGGGUCUACACUGCUUCCCAUCUGGACUACUGGAUUGCUGCCCCUUUUCCAUCAUCCACUGGUUACAUGGGACAUAAAAGCACUCUGGACUUCAUUUCAUACAACGCUUACCUUCUUGUUCCAGUAGUUGGAGGAGCUUUAGUUAUUGCUGUUGGAUUGCUUGCUGUUGUGUCAUGCUAUUGUAGAGAGUCCCUGUGUAAGCGCAAAAGAAAGAGAGUCCACAGCCGAAAAACAGCAAGUAAGAAGAAGGAACAGAUCGCUGGUAGAAACAACAGCAACGAGCAGCUGGACUUUUCUUUUAAAGUUCCUACACCUCACAAGCACAGGCAUCGUUCAGCUGCAUUUCAAAGCACAUUAGCCUGUAAAAGGGAUGAGCCUGAGGUAAAAAGGAAAUGCAGCAGGAGCUUAGGGAAAACUGGCGAGGCAGAAAUUCAAAUCUAUGAAAACCCAGCUAGAAUAGCUCAACCAUCUUCAAAAACCUUACAGACAACACCAAAUAUUAACAGUAGUGAGUUUGUAAUACCUGUCUCUCUGCAUGAAAAUGUGUGUCUUUCAGAAAGCUUAGUUCUGUAUAACCAGUCUGUAGCUUUGAUUCAGGUUCCACAACACGUCACUUCAUCAGUCCAAGCAUCAGGGAGCAGGUCUGCAACGCUACCUAGGAAGGCAGUCCAUUACAGUGAGCUGGAAAAACCAUUUGAGGAACAAACUUUUCCAAAAAUGGCACUUCUUUCGAAGGUCCAACAGCAAACCCUAACUAUGGAAACAACAUCUGGAGAGACAAGAAAGAAAGGCUGGAAUUGCUUGCUGGAGUCUGUGUCUGUGCCAGACAUUCUGAACAAAGCUACAGGGAUGGACAGUUCCUAUGGGGCUCAUCAAGGUAGCUCUGAGCAGACACUACUUGAGUUAUCCAGGAGCAAACCCUUCCCGCAUCCAAAAGCCUGGUUUGUUUCUCUGGAAGGAAAACCUGUUGCACAGGUCUGCCACUCUAUUCUAGACCUUCAGAAGUGUCACCUUCUACUCAGUGACAGUCAGGACACUAGCCUGGACUCAGGCGUCGACUUCAAUGAGCAGCAUCGAGAGCAGAACCAGAGCAGUCUGAGAAGAAACACAACUCACACACAGAUCUGCUCGGAGGAUGCAGAUCUGCAUAGCUGUGACAGUGACACAAUCAUAGCCUGCACGCCAGAAGAGCUUUUUCUCAAAAAUACACAGCAGAGAGGCAGUGGAACGGUGUCCUACUUGCCAGAGGAGAAAUGUGAUGAUGACAUGUCAUAUAAGGGCAAUGAAUUUGUACCAAUUCCACGAGUACAAGAACUCAGGAACACAAGGGAAAAGCUAAAAAGCACCUGGCACCUGAGAGAGGAAAGACCACUUAUGAAUCUAAACUAAAUGCACAUUCUAUCUUGCUUCUCAGCUAAAGAUUGUAUUCCUUAUAAAGCUUUUGAUUUGUUUUGAUGUGAAUUCCCCAAUGCAAUCUAAAAGCUAAAAAGCAUUUCAUUCUGUUGUAGGAAAUUACACUUGCAAUGUUUUUGUAACUUUAGUUAAUUUCUAAUGAUUUGUCAUAAUAUAGGCCAAGAACUUUUAAAAUCCAGGACAUUCAUGGGCAUCUGAUGUGGAAAUCAUCCUUAAGGAUAAGCUGCUACUUCAUAAAGAUGUUUCCUCAUGCCAUGAUGUAUAGGCUUUGCUGCAUGAUUAACACAUAUGGGUAUAUUUUGUGUUAUACUGCUUUGCUAUGUAUUUUGCAUAUACAAAUAAACAAGUAUGA